CCAGAGCCGGUACUGCGUGAGCAGACCACAGCCCCCUGUGAGAGGCUGGCUACAGUUGGUACCUGCCGCCCUCUCAGCAGUUGGCAGCACUGGUAGCGUGGCAGUCCCUGCGCCUUCUGUUGUCUGCCGCAUUUGUAUCGAGCUGUUUCCAGUGUGAAGGCGUGCGUCCGCAUUUUGUGCUGCAGCUUCCGAGUUGAUAACUUCUACCGCACGGAUAUCGUUAAUAAGAAUCGACUACGAUGGCGGCCGGCAAUGAAGCUCAGCACAGCACACCGGUGUACCUGGGCGCCCUGCUGGAUGACGGGGAGGGCGCCACCGUCACUCUGGUGGCGGGGGAGACGCGGCUGGUGGUGCACAGGGCGGUCCUCGUGGCCGGGAGCCCCGUCUUCGCAGCAAUGUUCCGCCACGACACGGCGGAGUCGCGCGGCGGCCUCGUCGACGUCGCAGACGUGGACGGGACGGUGCUGAGGGAGCUGCUGACGUACCUGUACACCCUCCGUGCCCCGCAGCUGGCGAGCCUGGCCCCCCGUCUGCUCGUCGCCGCCGACAAGUACGGCGUGGCGAGCCUGAAGGCGCAGUGUGAGCAGCAGCUGGCCGCUGGGCUGACGGUGGACAACGCGGCGGCCACAGCUGUUCUCGCGGUGCGACACUGCUGCCCCGGCCUCCGGCAGACGGCCGUCUCCUACAUAAAGGGCCACACACACCGAGUGAUGGCGACGCAGGGCUGGGCUGACGCAGUGCGCACCCAGCCAGAAGAUGUCGUCGAACUCAGCGGGUUGCUGGCGGAGACGCCACCGGAAUCCAGCUCGCCCGCCAGCCCCGGCCGCAGUGCCGCCACUCAGCCUCCCAGCGGCGCGGCUGCCCGCCACACUCCGCCGCCUCCUGACGACGCUGCCGUCUCUCGCCUGUGCCGAAGUGUGUCAAUUGCGGCCGUGCGGCCAUUGGAGAAGACGGCGGCAGCCCUUGCAGGCGAGUCAGCCGAGUACAGGGGGCAGCCCGGCCGACGCUCGGCCCUUCCUGCAGCUCGCGUGCGCCACGCCGCAGCCGCCUGCGUGUGCAGACACGGCUGUCGCACGUCUAACAUUCGACCUGGUCUCUGCCUGAAGGCACGCGGUUGCUUCCUGACGGCGGUAGGGGGCGUCGCUUGCGGGGGUCGCCUGCAGACGGCGCAGCCUGCCCUGGCCGCCCUCUGCCCUGGACGCGGUACAGUGUGUCCGUCAAGUCGUGCGCCCUCUCCGCUGCACAGUGCUGUCCCGGCGACCCAGUCUGGCCACACAGCCUGGCGGCGCUCUCUCCCAGCUCAGCGACUGCCCUGUCCAGAAAAACACGACAUUGCGGAGAGCCUCUCUCAACGGGAGAUAGGGAGGAGGCUGAUAGAGGCGGCCAGGCAAGGCGCGGCGGAGCAGCUGCGCGAGUUGCUGGCGGCGGGGGCGGACGUGGGGGUGAGGGAGGAGUGGGGGGGCAGGUGGACCGCCCUGCACCUGGCAGCAGGCAGGGGUCACGUGGCGGCAGCCAGCUGCCUCGUCGGCGCCGGCGCGGAGGUCGACGCCAGGACCAGCAGGGGGCAGCAGACGCCACUGCACUGGGCUGCAGACAGUGGCCGCGCUGGUGUGGUGCGGCUGCUGGUCGGCGCCUCUGCUGACCUCAACGCCAGGGAUCGGCGGGGACAGACGCCGCUGCACAGGGCGGCAGAGAGGGGCCGGGCAGAGGCGGCGGCUGAGCUCCUCCUGGCGGGGGCGGACAGGGGGGCCCGGGAUGAGGAAGGCAGGACCCCCCUGGACCUCGCCAGGAAGUACGGAAAGCAGCAGCUGGUGGAUAUGCUGAGACAACGCUGA